AGUACAUCUAGUAGACCAUGUUAUACUUUAAAGCGUGUGGUUAUAGACUGGUAUUGAAGAAUAAGGAAGAGGAAUCAAUGGAUGCUGUUCAUAACAACUUCACUCUAAGUCCUGAUAUCAAUGGCCCCCUACUAGCAGCAGUUAUCAGUAUAGAGAUGAUAGGAGGACUCAUUGCUAACUCAUUUGUACUCAUACUGACUAUAUGCCAUAUAAAGACUUGGAAACAACCCUCUACUAUAUUCCUUACUAACAUGCUGAUAUCUAACCUCCUGAUUGUCCUCUUUGUGAUGCCUUUUCCUGUGAUAACAUCAGCCUUUGGUGAGUGGAUAUUUGGAAGUACACUAGACCAAAAGGAGAGUGUAUGCAAGUUCACAGCUAUCAUGAGCUUGUUCUGUGUUGCAGUAGCUACAGAGGGUUUAGCACUCCUGUCAUUUGACAGAUUCCUUUUCAUAGUGAGAGCAUUUCAGUACAACAGGUACAUGAGUAUCAAUAAGUCACUAAUAGCAAUUUCUAUAUCCUGGGCAAUAGCCGGUAUUAUCAGCAUUGUGCCUGUGCUUGAGUUCAACGUGUAUGAGUUUGCCUACAGUUUUUGGUACUUGUGUUCCUGGUUUAGAGGAACAGGUUGGUUUUGCAGUAUUUGCUUUUAUCUAUCCAGCACUGCUAGUGGGGAGUAUCAUUCUAACUUCUCUAUGGACGUUCAUAUUUAUGAGGAGAUAUCUCAGAACAAGAAGGACUAGAUUAGACUUCUUAUCAUCUUGUGGGCAGCAGAGCAACGUUUAUGUAUCACAAGAGAAGAAGUUAAUAAGUCUAUUUGGGUCACUACUUAUUGUUUAUGCUGUGUGCUUCUCUCCAUAUCUCUGCAUUACAUUCCUUUCAACACUGAUCAUCGUACCUCCAGUGUAUUACACUCUGGCAUUUAUCAUGUACCUGCUACAAACAACCCUCAGUCCUUUGGUACAGAUGUACACAUGUACUUCAGAGCUGAACUGAGAAAUGCAGUAAUGAAGAUAUUCUGUAAAAGAUGCUAUAAAGAAAGAGACAGAGCUGAAGAUGACAAUAGAACUACUGCUAUAACCACAUUGUAUAUAUAGUUGAUUGAUGAAGCUACAACAUUAUUGUAACAUCCCUUCUUUCAUAUAUACAUAA